GUCCCCCAAACAAUUUGUAGACAAAAAAAAAAAAAAACGAUAAAGGAAAGAAGGCAGUAAUCCUAGCAAAAUGAUAAAAAAGAAGAGUAUAGGCAAUCAGAAGUUUGAGUUCGAGCAGAAGUUGGAGGGCUGCGGUGAGUUGGAUGGAUAAAAAGAGCUGGAUCAGGGUCUGGGAAGCUAAGAUUCCCUCGAAGUUGAAGGUUUUUGUAUGGCAAAUUUUUAAUCGGAUUCUUCCUACUACGGAGGCGCUUAUUGAAAAAAAGGUCCCGGUGUUGCCCCGUUGUCCAGUCUGUUGGAAUGGCCCGGAAACGAUGGAGCAUUUGUUUCUUUACUGCCCGGUUGCGCGGGCUAUUUGGGACCAUUCAGGGCUGGAAUAUCUGGGCGAGGGUUUGCCCCACCAUACUUUCCCUUUGUUUCUCAAGCGUCUGUUGGAGUUGAUCCACCAACCCUCACUGGUGAUGGCGGUUGUUGCAGUCCUGUGGCGGAUCUGGAGAUCCCGGAACUGGGUGGUCUUUGAAGGCAAACAGUUUGGGAUUCCAGUGCUUAUGCGACAAUUCCAUCAACAGUAUGAGGAGUGGAUGGCCUUGCCGGCGGAUGGGCGGCCUAUGGUCAGGAGUCGGGUGGUGCCUGCUGAGGCUGACGUGGGAGAUUCCCGGUUGAUUUGUCGAUGGGAUGGGGCAACUAAAAGUGGCUCGCACUCGGCGGGUGGGAUGGUUCUUCUCACCCCUGAUAGGAUGCUGCUUCUGGCUAAGGGGGGUCAGUUUCCCUCGUUGGAGGCGCCGGCGAUGGUGGAGUUCCUUACGCUUCGGGAGGCUAUUACUUGGUGUUUGGAUAGUGGGUUGACAGAGGUCCGGUUUGAGGGAGAUGCUAAGGUGCUUAUUGAUAAAAUCAAUCAGGGUGACGCUAGAGAGAAUCGGUUGGGUGCAAUCCUGGAGGAAAUUGGUCUUUUGUUGGGUGCCCAGCCGGGUUUUAGUGUGCGAUUUAUAGGGCGGGAGAACAAUAGGGUAGCUCAUGUAGUAGCUAGAAAGACCCUCUCUUUGUCUCCUACUAUGUAUCGUUCGUUUGAUUUCAGGGUCUGGCUGGUUUCCAGGAUGUAACUAUUUUUUAUGAUCAAUAUAUGAUAUCUUUUGAAAAAAAAAAAAAGCUAAACACAUAGAAAAAACUAACAAAUAAGGUUUAUAAAUAUCCUAAACUCAAUCAAGGUUAACCUAAAAGACAAAAUUAUGUUCCUCAUAUUUUACUUAAUUCCCAACCCAUUUGUGUCUCUUGAUCUCUAGCUAAGGGAUGCAUAUAUUCUCAUUCUUGAACUAUUAGGUUAUGGUUAACCUGAUUAUAUGUAUGUUUUCAUACUUAUUGAAUGUAUUUUGAUUAAUUAAAGUCGUUAGUUAUUUUUUAUUAAAAUAAUUUUAUAUUU